UUUGGAAGAACCAGGCUGACGGAGGUGCAUCCAUCUAUUGCGCCCUGUUGGGGGAAGGUAUGUAGGAGUUGAAAAACAGGGAGUGUCGUGUUUCCUGGCGUUCCCCAGCGUUAUCUGAUCCACAGCUCAUUUCCACAGUGAGAAACUGAUCCUGCACAGCUCGGCAUUGAACAAAAGGAAAUGCGCGACCUGCUGACGACUCAGAGCCAGAACUCUUACAGGGAGCAGAUCAAGAAGGAGAUGUUGACCCGUUUAACCUGGAGGAGCCGCUAUGCCAAACUCUACCCAUCCUGCUACAAUCCCUGGAACAACAGCAAAGAGCCCACACAGCUGCCACAGCUGCCAAAGAUACCUGCUGACCCUCAGGCUGUUGUGCCUCUUGUUGCCAGGACUACUGAGAAGCAGAGCGACCUUCUUCCUCGUCGCCCUUCUCCUCCUCCUGUGUGCUCUGUGGGAGGUGAACAGCAGCUCAGUGUGCCUCCUCUAAUGAGGCCGGUUUCGCCCCACACCAGAGAGGCUCUGUAUCAGGACUCCUCUCACCAUGGCAAAGGGAGAACUCUGUACUUGCACAGACGUGGACACAUUAAACCUGAGGAGAAGUUUAACUUUCCCCUGCUCUCCUCCUGGGAUUAUGGCUGGAGGCUUGGUGACUACACGCUAGAUUACAGAACUCCAUCCAGCGCCAGGUCAUCCUUGGUGAAGAACACCUUCUAUGCAAAGAACGGGGUAUUCAGCCGCCCAGCAGCCACCGAUACCCUAGGCUGA